CACGGAACUGGAGUGGCAUUUCACGGUCGAGCGCUGUGUGUUUCAGAUAAUUAUGCGAGAUUUCCUUUACAUCUAUUUGUAUUAACAAUUUGUGGAGAUCUGCUACACGACUAUAUUCUCACGCUGCUGUCACGUCAACGCGAUUAGUGACUAUUCGCUGCAAAAUAUUUGGUGAUACGCGCGGUGAGCUCUGCCAGACGAGAGGCCAUAGCAACAAUACACAGCACGUCUCAAGUACUGAUUUAAGCUGAAACCAAGAAGUCAGGUUAUCUCACAAUGCAGACUUACUCCACCCAAGGAAAGCUGGUGCGGAGUGGGGAGAAGAAUAAGUUAGUGAUCUGUAUAGAGGGGAACAUUGCUAGUGGGAAGACAACAUGCCUAGAGUAUUUCAGCAAAACCAGUAACAUUGAGGUGCUGACUGAGCCAGUUUCCAAAUGGAGGAAUGUUCGAGGGCACAACCCCCUGGGGUUGAUGUACCAGGACCCUACUCGAUGGGGCAUCACUCUACAGACCUAUAUUCAGCUAACCAUGCUUGACCAACACCUCUCAACAAUAUCAGCCCCAAUGAGAAUGAUGGAAAGGUCCAUCUACAGUGCCAAGUACAUCUUUGUGGAAAAUCUUUACAGAAGUGGGAAGAUGCCCGAGGUGGACUUUGCUGUUCUUAGUGAGUGGUUUGAGUGGAUCACUCAGAAUAUUGCCAUUCCUAUGGAUCUUAUUGUUUACCUCCAGUCGUCUCCACAGACCUGCCAUGAGAGGCUGAAAGAGCGAUGCAGGGAGGAGGAGAAGAUCAUUCCUUUGGAAUAUCUAGAGGCAAUCCAUCAGCUGUAUGAAGACUGGCUGAUAAAGAAGACGUCCUUCAAUGUUCCUGCUCCAGUCCUUGUAAUUUCGGCAGACGAUGACCUGCAGAAGAUGAUCCACCAGUAUGAGGAGAACAGAGAGAAGAUUUUAUCAGGGAGCAAUGUGUGACUGAAGUACAGUGGUUUCAAAAAGUAUUCAGACCCCUAGACUUUUUCCACAUUUUGUUAAGUUACAGCCUUAUUCUAAAAUUGAUUAAAUCAUUUUUUCCCCUCAUCAAUCGACUUUGCUAAUUCAACUUUGUUGAAGCACCGUUGGCAGCGAUUACAGCCUUGAGUCUUCUUGGGUAUGACGCUACAAGCUUGGCACAACUGUAUUUGGGGAGUUCCUCCCAUUCUUCUCUGCAGAUCCUCUCAAACUCUGUCAUGUUAGAUGGGGAGUGUUGCUGCACAGCUAUUUUCAGGUCUCCAGAGAUGUUUGAUUGGGUUCAAAUCCGGGCUCUGGCUGGGCCACUAAAGGACAUUCAAAGACUUGUCCCCGAGGCCACUCCUGCGUUGUCUUGGCUGUGUGCUUAGGGCCGUUGUCCUGUUGGAAGGUGAACCUUAACUCCAGUCUGAGGUCCUGAGCGCUCUGAAGCAGGUUUUCAUCAAGGAUCUCUCUGUACAUUUCUCCAUUCAUCUCUCCCUCGAUCCUGACUAGUCUCCCAAUCCCUGCCGCUAAAAAACAUCCCCACAGCAUAAUGCUGCCACCACCAUGCUUCACCGUAGGGAUGGUGCCAGGUUUCCUCCAGAUGUGACGCUUAGCAUUCAGGCCAAAGAGUUCAAUCUUGGUUUCAUCAGACCAGAGAAUGUUGUUUCUCAUGGUCUGAGAGUCUUUAGGUGCUUUUUGGCAAACUCCAAGCGGGCUGUCAUGUGCUUUUUACUGAGGAGUGGGUUCCGUCUGGACACUCUACCAUAAAGGCCUGAUUGGUGGAGUGCUGCCGAGAUGGCAGAACCUUCCAGAAGGACAACCAUCUCCACAGAAGGACUCUAGAGCUCUGUCAGAGCAACGAUCGGGUUCUUGGUCACCUCCCAGACCAAGACCAUUCUCCCCCGAUUACCCAGUUUGGCCGAGCGGCCAGCUCUAGGAAGAGUCUUUGUGGUUCCAAAAUUCUUCCAGUUAAGAAUGAUGUAGGCCACUGUGUUCUUGGGGACCUUCAAGGCUGCAGAAAUGUUUUGGUACCCUUCCCCAGUUCUGUGCUUCGACAAAAUCCUGUCUCGGAGCUCUACGGACAAUUCCUUCGACCUCAUGGCUUGGUUUUUGCUCAGAUAUGCACUGUCAACUGUGGGACCUUUACAGUGCCUUGCAAAAGUAUUCAUCCCCCUUGGCGUUUGUAGAAUUUUGUUGCAUUACAACAUGUAAUUUAAAUUUAUUUUAUUUGGAUUUCAUGUAAUGGAAUUACAUAAAAUAGUCCAAAUUGGUGAAGUGAAAUGAAAAAAAUAACUUGUUUCAAAAAAUGAUUCACCUUUUUACUAUGAAGCCCCUAAAUAAGAUCUGAUGCAAUCAAUUACCUUCAGAAGUCACAUAAUUAGUUAGAUUAUACACAGGUGGACUUUAUUUAAGUGUCACAUGGUCUCAGUAUAUAUACACCUGUUUUGAAAGAGUCCCAGAGUCUGCAACACCACUAAGCAAGGGGCACCACCAAGCAAGUGGCACCAUGAGAAUAAGAGCACCUCCUCCCAGCUGCCCACUGCACUGAGGAUAGGAAACACUGUCACCACCGAUAAAUCUAUGAUAAUCGAUCAUUUCAAUAAGCAUUUUUCAACGGCUGGCCAUGCUUUCCACCUGGCUACCUCUAUCCCGGCCAACACCUCAGCACCCCAUGCAGCAACUUGCCCAAACCCCCCCACACUUCUCCUUCACCCAAAUCCAAGCAGCUGAUGUUCUAAAAGAGCUGCAAGAGCUGGAUCCCUACAAAUCAGCUGGGCUAGACAAUCUGGACCCUCUCUUUCUAAAAUUAUCUGCCGAAAUUGUUGCAACCCCUAUUACUAGCCUAUUCAACUUCUCUUUCGUAUCGUCUGAGAUCUCCAAAGAUUGGAACGCUGCCGCGGGCAAUCCCCCUCUUCAAAGGGGGAGACCCCUUAGACCUAAACUGUUAUAGACCUAUAUCCAUCCUGCCCUGCCUUUCUAAAAUCUUCAAAAGCCAAGUUAAUAAACAGAUCACCGACCAUUUUGAAUUCCACCAUACUUUCUCCACUAUGCAAUCUGGUUUCCAAGCUGGUCAUGGGUGCACCUCAGCCACGCUCAAGUUCCUAAACGAUAUCAUAACCGCCGUCGAUAAAGACAGUACUGUGCAGCCGUCUUCAUCGACCUGGCCAAGGCUUUCGACUCUGUCAAUCACCGCAUUCUUAUCGGCAGACUCAAUACCCUUGGCUUCUCAAAUGACUGCCUCGCCUGGUUCACCAACUACUUCUCAGAUGGAGUUCAGUGUGUCAAAUCGGAGGGCCUGUUGUCCAGACCAAUGGCAGCUCUAUCGGGGUGCCACAGAGCUCAGUUCUCUGGAUGACUCUCUUCUCUGUAUAUAUCAAUGAUGUCGCUCUUGCUGCUGGUGAUUCUCUGAUCCACCUCUUCGCAGACGACACCAUUCUGUAUACAUCUGGACCUUUGGACACCGUGCUAUCAAACCUCCAAACGAGCUUCAACGCCAUACAACACUCCUUCCGUGGCCUCCAACUGCUUUUAAAUGCUAGUAAAACUAAGUGCAUGCUUUUCAACCGAUUGCUGCACGCACCCUCCCGCUCGACUAGCAUCACUACUCUGGACGGUUCUGACCUAGAAUAUGUGGACAACUACAAAUACCUAGGCGUCUGGUUAGACUGUAAACUCUCCUUCCAGACUCACAUUAAGCAUCUCCAAUCCAAAAUUAAAUCUAGAUCGGCUUCCUAUUUCUCAACAAAGCCUCUUUCACUCAUGAACAUACCCUCGUAAAACUGACUAUCCUGCCGAUCCUUGACUUUGGCGAUGUCAUUUACAAAAUAGCCUCCAACACUCUACUCAGAAAACUGGAUGUAGUUUAUCACAGUGCCAUCCGUUUUGUCACCAAAGCCCCAUAUACUACCCACCACUGCGACCUCUAUGCUCUCGUUGGCUGGCCCUCACUACAUAUCCGUCGCCAAACCCACUGGCUCCAGGUCAUCUCUAAGUCUUUGCUAGGUAAAGGGGGCCUUAUCUCAGCUCACUGGUCACCAUAGCAACACCCACCCAUAGCACGCGCUCCAGCAGAUAUAUUGCACUGGUCAUAUUGAAUAGUUAUGCACGCUCAAGUUUUCAGUUUUUUUGUGUUAUUUGUUUGUUUCCCAAUCAAAAAUAUUUUGCAUCUUGAAAGUGUAAAUCAAAAAUCUAUUUUAAUUCCAGGUUGUAAGGCAACAAAAUAGGAAAAGGGGGGUGAAUACUUUCACAAGCCACUGUAUAUAGACAGGUGUGGGCCUUUCCAAAUCAUGUCCAAUCAAUUGAAAUUACCACAGUUGGACUCCAAUCAAGUUGUAGAAACAUCUCAAGGAUGAUCAAUGGAAACGGGAUGCACUUGAGCUCAAUUUCGAGUCUCAUAGCGAAGUGUCUGAAUACUAAUGUAAAUAAGGUAUUUCUGUUUUUUUAUAAAUUUGCAAACAUUGCUUAACCAGUUAUUUCACUUUGUCAUUAUGGGGUAUUGUGUGAAUUCCUGAGGAUUGUAAUUGAUUUAAUACAUUUUAGAAAAAGGCUGUAACGUAACAAAAUGUGGAAAAAGUCAAGGGGUCUGAAUACUUUCUGAAGGCACUGUACACAUGCUGCACCAACAAUGGCAGUAAAUAUGUUGUCUGUAAGCAGGUAUUUAUAGUCCAAGAGAGAACACCAGAAUGAGCUUGUGGAGUUUCUGUUAUCUUGUCCACUGUUACACACUGUCUUAGAGCAACUCUCUGACCGGUACAUUUUCAGACCGCAAGUAUUCCAUACUGUAUAUUUACUGCUUCAAGUCGCUUUCCAACAUAUGUUACAUAUGCACUAACAUAGCUAUGUGUUUUGUUCUUAUUUUAUUUACUGCUAAUAUAUAGAGGAACAUAUUGUCAGGCUGGAAUUGCACUUAGUUGUGAACAGGACCAACAGUUAUUGUACUCUUUCGCUGAGAUCAUUUGAAUAAAUGCCUAAAAGGGA